GCAUCUCUCACUCUCGUAUUCUCGUGUUGUACUACUAAGUGUCUGCCCCAUCCGUUCAUCCUGAUCUACCCCAUCAUGGCAAGCCAAGGAAUAGAGACAGGUUUAGCUCGAUGGCUACCGCAAGACAUGCUGGAAGACUUUAUCGACGACUAUCGCGACGUAGCAACUACCAUCAAUCUUAAUCGGCAGCCGCGUGAAGUCCUCGCUGAGGCAUUAAGGCAUCUCUCCAGGGUUCUGUUGGUGGACGACUGGGCGGAUCGGGUUCGGAGCCAUGUCAAUACAGAAUGGAGUUCACUGAAAAAUUCCCGACGUUUGGGGAAGGAGCUGACAGAGGAGGAUGUAGCCGAGUGGCACAGAAUUUUCUUGGAUGCUCUCCAGCGCGAUAAUUGGCAGGAAUUCAUCAACGCACCUUUUGUCUACUUGCCAGAAACCCCUACAAACCGCGGUAACAUUGUUGCCCUGGAUGACAAACAACAGAAAGCCGUUGUCGAUUCAUGGAAAGCAACUUACAUCGGAGAGGUGCCUCAGGCGUUGUGGGAACACUUGAACCGUCAUUGUGAUCCUGAGGCAAAGCGCUUCAAGGUCUACGCACAUUAUGCUGCUAUUGUCCAAUCUUCUGGCAUGGGAAAGUCAAGGGCCAUAGAUGAACUUGCACGAAGCCACUUGACGAUCCACAUGAACUUGAAUUACGCGAAGGCGACAGGUUACCCUCCUCCCGACUCUCUGGUUCGGAGCCAUCUGGUAUUUGAUACUCGGGAUCGGGCAUUUGUCAACAAUAAGAUCCUUGCAUUCCUUGAGGCGCUCUUUAAGGUCACAGAAGAUAGAUUGAAGGAUAAGAAGGAACGCCUACAUGUCCUCGCCUCAGAUUUUAGAAUGCGCAUGAAUGAUGGAAUGACCUUCCAGAAGCACGGCGCUUACCGUCAUGAUUUUUUCAGCGAGGAACAUUACGCUACGACAGCAAAUGAGUCCCAGACCAUACGAGAACCCCCCACUCCGCCGGGUCCAAAAGACCCCUCUCGGGCUGUUUUCAGGCCGGGCGAUGCAUGUCUCCGUCUGAUGAACGUUCUCAAACAAGCGGACGAGAGAAAAAAAAAAGAGGAGCGAUGCGGGGCGCCCUACUUGAUACUGGCAUUUGACGAAGCUCAUGCAAUGACAACUCAGGUAACCAGUCCAACAGGCGAGGCAUGGUCAGCCUUCUAUGAGCUCCGCGCCGCCCUGCGAUCACUCAUGAGCUACGGUGUGUUCUCAUUGUUCCUAUCCACCACGGGUAGAAUAUCCCAGUUUCUUUCCCCACGAGAUCAAGAGUUUUCGAUGCGACUAGUGACAAGGCAGCUGACGCUGAUCAGUCCAUUCACGGACCUUGGGUUCGACUUCCUUGCCGAGCGCAUCAAGGGUGAGGAUGGGUUUACGCUCGCUCAUGUCACUACGGACGAAUUCAUGUGUCAUUUGGGGCGCCCUCUUUUUGGGAGCCGAUAUGAUGCUGCAGACGAAGAUUCAUCGAUCCGGGAGGAUAUCGUGCAGUUCGCUAUGGCAAAGCUUCUCGCCACUUCUGACUUCGAGCGCGACUUGAACGACGAUCAGAAGCUUGCAUGCCUUUCUCAGCGCUUGGCGCUUGAGUUCAAUUCCACAAACUAUCUGGAACAAGGCAAAGAGAAGCUGCAGGUAGAGGGCCACAUGCGUGUUUGUCUCAAGCUUGAUGAGACUUUCGAGAGCAUGGUGUCGGUGUCCGGAUCGGAGCCCAUCCUAGCAGAAGCGGCUUAUGCAGUCAUGCAACAUGACUCGUUUGACGUGCCGAAUGCUCUCAAGAAGGUUUUGGAAGGCUUUGCGGUGAAUAAAGGGGACCGUGGGGAAUUGCUUGCGAUGUUGCUGAUGACCCUUGCUCGAGACGCUGCCGUCGGUAAGGCGAACGCAGCGGGCAAGCCCGAGUCAGGCGUGCGCUACGUCAGCGUUGUGAGCUUCUUCGAGGAGCUGUUCGGUGGCUUCGGGAAGAACGCCAAUCUCGAACGCGCCGGUCACGACCGCGGACCGUGGGAUUGGAAUACCACCAGCCCGAAUGACUUCCAGAAGGACUUCCAGAACAGUUACGUCUACUUCAAUCAUUUCAUCAAAGUCCAUGACUAUGGGGUCUUGGAUGCAGACUAUCUGCUUGCGAUUUUCUCCCGUGGGGGAGCUGUGUUGUGCGCCAAUAACCAACGUGCGAUCGAUGGGGUGGCCAUGAUGGUUCACGGCAGACCUUCUGAGCAUGUAGAGAACAUCAGGGCGACGAGGGAGACGUUGGGAUUCAUCAUGUGGCAGGUCAAGAACGAUGCGUCUUACACCGAUCAAAGGGACGAUGACCUCUUCAGAGUCAUGGAUCCAUUCAAGCUCAACAUUUGGAAAGCAGGAUUGGACAAGGACCGCGUCUCUACCGUUAAAGCGAGCGAGCAGAUGCAGAAGUGGCCUGUCAUACGCAUCGUGUUUGCUUUGGCGUCAGCUAAGCCCGCUCUCUCCAUCAGGAGGACAGAGAUUACGCAAGGAGGCGCUAGAUUCAGAGCAUACGACAUCUGGUGCGCAGGUCUCUCGCCAGCGCAGCUGAAGCCGAUCACCGAUGUCCAGAGUGACGUCUGGGAUGCACUUCUGCAGGCAUCGUAUGGAUGGAAAGACAGGUUAUACAAAGGGUUGUCGACGACUUUGGAAAGCCUCAGGAGGUCACAGGAUGCCGGUGCGGCCGCGGACAACAGGAACUUCAGGAACUGGGAGUUCCCUCAGCGAUAA